AGGCCAUCGAUCCAGCUGUCCACCGCUUCUUGAUAGGAGGACAGCCGCGUCUUUCUCUGAAAGCCCUUUCUCUCUCUACAAUUUUAGAAAGCCUGUGUUCCAAUUUGCAAAACCACCAAUCCAAGCGGACCUCAUCGGAAGAAGAAGGUGGUGGUUCGGGAGCACCGGAUCGAUCGAUAGAUCGAUCUCCAAACAUCAACAAUGGCCUUCAAUCCAUGUUUCUCUUUGCUCCUCCUCUUCCUCCUCACUUGCUUGGUCACCUCCGCUUCCUCUUCUUUCAUUUCUCAUGACGUCCUUCAAUCUCAUGAAUCUACUGGCCGUACCCUCCUCCAGACCAAAAAGAGUUGCCCUGUGAACUUUGAAUUUUUGAAUUACACAAUCAUCACAAGCCAGUGUAAAGGACCCCAGUACUCACCCAAGCUCUGUUGUGGUGCCUUUAAGGACUUUGCUUGCCCUUAUGCUGAUGAGUUGAAUGAUCUGACAAAUGAUUGUGCCUCAACCAUGUUCAGCUACAUAAACCUCUAUGGAAAAUACCCACCUGGCCUGUUUGCUAGCGAGUGUCGAGAAGGAAAGGAAGGUCUGGAGUGUCCUGCUCAGGCACCAUCAACUGAAUCAGCUAAAGAUUCCGUUAAUGCAAGCAGAGGUCAGAUAGUCUCUUCUUACUCAAUGCUGACACUGUUGGCUGGCUUCCUAGUGUUAUUAUUCCACUUGUUUUGAAAGAUGAAAUAUGACUGCCCACAUGUAUUGUCUUACAUAUAUAUUUUUUCAUCUAAAUAUUUUGAAAAUUCAUGGUCUCCUCUUAAGGUCAGGUUGCCCAGUCGGGAUGUUUUCUCUGCUCUGUAUGCUAGAGUUUGUAUUCUUUAUUACAACUGCUCAGACAAUGUAAUUUAAUUAUCUAUUUGUUUGUGCAUUAGUAGAUUCAUGCCCAUUAUUUGAAUCUGAA